AAUAGAGUAAAAUACAAACACAACAGGGUGCGCAAAAGUUGUAUAUUUGCAAGUAUUAAAAAAUGAAAAAUCGUCAUAUUGAUUGAUUUUAGCGAUUGUAAAGCUUUAGUGAACUUUGUCGCGUAUAUAUUUCGAAACGUAAAAAGUGAUCUCGAAGUAUUGUGUAAGAAUUAAAGUUAUAAAAUCGUUGUCAAGUUUACAAAUUCGUUCAUUUGGUGGAGAAUUUUCUCUUCUUAUUUAUAAUUUGUUUGCAAAAACAAGUAGAUAAAAGAUGGUAGUGCUUAGCAAUUUUCUUGCACCACAGGAGGGAAUACGCCAUGAAGAACUAAAUACUACCGUGUAUAUUAAUGAUAGGGAAGUAGGAAAAGGAACUCUGUAUAUCACAGAGAGCUUACUUUCUUGGGUGAAUUAUGAUACACAACAGGGAUUUUCACUUGAAUACCCUCAUAUAUCUUUACAUGCCAUAUCACGAGAUGAACAAGCACACCCAAGACAAUGUUUAUAUAUUAUGGUCGAUGCAAAAGUAGAUCUUCCAGAUGUACCAUUGCCACCAGCUUCAGAUAGUGGUUCGGAUAAUGAAUUUGAAGAUGCAGAUACACCUAUCACAGAAAUGCGAUUUGCCCCUGACAACACAAAUAAUUUGGAGACAAUGUUUCAAGCAAUGAACCAAUGUCAGGCUCUUCAUCCUGAUCCACAAGAUAGUUUUUCUGAUGCUGAAGAAGAUAUUUAUGAAGAUGCAGAGGAAGAUGAUUUUGAACAGUACGAUGUUGGUGCUGGUGAUGCUCCCUACAUUUUACCAACAGAACAAAUAGGGACAAGUCACAAUGGUACAGAAGUAGAUGAUGCUAUGGAUAUAGAAGCAGGUCAAUUUGAAGAUGCAGAAGAAGAUCUAUAAAAUAUGGAGAUAAUAUAAUGCAAACAUGCAAUUUAGUAUUAAUUUAUGAUUACCAGUAUCAUAUACCAAGGUAGAUAUGUGAUAUUAUGGCAGACUGUAUAAGAGAGCAGUAUCAAACAUAAAAACAGCUAACAUUUAUUUAUAUUCAUUUUGUACACCGUAAUAAUAUUUUAGAUAAAAAUAAAUAAUUGUAUAUCAAAUUCAA